GGCGGGCGGGCCUUCCAAGCUAGGCCUGCGCGGCGCAGCGCCCGUCACGAUGGCAACGGGGUCCUUCUCUGAGCGCGGCGCACAACAUGGCGGCGCCCUUGCUGAGCGCGGCGCUCCGCGGGGCCCGCGGCGGGCGGAGCUUCGGAACGGCCGCCGUGCUGUGGAGGAGGGCAGCCCCGCUGGGGCCCCUGCCCAACGAGGCCGUGGCCGCGGGGGAGCCGCAGGCGCUGCAGCGGUACCGCAGCUUCGCGCGCUACCUGCGGCAGGCGCGGCGCGCGGCGCGGCAGCCGCGCUGGUGGAACACCUACCACGGACACACCGACCCCCCCCCAGAGCCCCAGACAGACAUUGGCCUGCCACGUGAGAGGCUGUCCCGGGCAAAGGAGCUCAAGGAAAGGAAGAGGAUCCUGAGGGAGAACCACCAGAAUGCAGAGAUGGAGCGAGCGGCACGGCUCCAGACUGCACUCAUUCCCCUGGAGGAGGUCAGGGCUGAGUGGGAGAGGACCAGUGGCCCGUUCCACAAGCAGCGCGUGGCCAGGCACUGCGGCGUGUUCCGGGACCUGUUCAAGGGAGCCACCUUCACCCCCUGGGUGGCCCUGAGCGUGCAGUACAGCCAGGAGGAUGAGUACCUCGUGCCAGUCUACUAUGGGAACAUGGUGACUCCGUCAGAGGCUUCCAGUCCCCCUGCAGUGUCGUACGAGGCAGACAAAGGCUCCCUCUGGACCUUGUUGCUCACAAAUCCAGAUGGACAUUUGAGGGAUGCAGACUCGGAGUACCUCCACUGGCUGGUGACCAACAUCCCAGGCAGUGACAUCAAGGCUGGCAAGGAGAUGUGCCACUACCUGCCCCCCUUCCCUGCCAUGGGGACGGGCUACCACCGCUUCAUCUUCCUGCUCUUCAAGCAGCACGGUCCCAUCGACUUCAGCCAGGACGCUCGGCCCACGCCCUGCUACAGCCUGAAGAUGAGAACCUUUAGCACAUUUGACUUCUACAAAAAGCACAAGGAUGCCAUGACCCCGGCAGGGCUGGCAUUUUUCCAGUGUCAGUGGGACAGCUCUGUCACUUCCACCUUCCAUCAGCUGCUCAACAUGAGGGAGCCCGUGUUCGAGUUCGUGCGGCCGCCCCCCUACCACCCUCCGCAGGUGAAGUUCCCUCGGCACCAGCCCCUGAGGUACCUGGACAGGUACAGGGACACACAGGAGCCCACCUACGGCAUCUACUAGCAGCUGGCCCCUCUGUGUCCCUGGAUGCUGGCUCCUGGAUUUCCUGUGCUCCCCUCAGUGCCUCAGGAGGGAAAUGACAAAGUCUCAGCCCCUCAGCUCCCAGUUUCCCUGUGCUGGGAGCUGGCGUUGGGUGCUCACAGGACUGGCAGCUGCUUAAUGAGAGCAUUCAAAGUGAGUCCAUGGCCAGGCUGAAACCUUGCUCCUGAUUCUGCAGCAGUGGCUGGCAGGCUGCAUCUCCCCAGAGAUGCUCUGCCUUGCUUCCCUGCAAGCAUCACAGUUUCCCUUUUGCCUGUUAUGGAACAAACAGAGCCAGGCCAGCCUGGAUUUGCUCCUCUCACAAUGCUGUGGUUCAGGACUGUGUCAGAUUUUAUUUGUGCAGUCCUCCUGGAGAGAUGAGUCUGAUUAAACACUCUCUGAGCAGUGCUGGCAAA